UCCAUCACUGGCGCUGGGCAGAGGGAGCAGAGUCCAGGUGGCUACAAGGAUGAAUUACGUCCACACACUGUUGCGCCUGUCAGCAUACUUGGGAUGUAAAAGGCAGCAGUAACUUCAGUUUCCGCUUCUCUGUAGACAAUUUGUAUUUGCAAAGGAUUUUAUUACUCUUCACUGUGCGCAGUUUGAGAUACUGUCAACUGAAUAAAGCAGGGAAGUUGGACGUCGUUUUCUGAGGGUGAUUAGCUGGGACCUCAGACCAUGGCCUACACCUUGGGCUCAGCCACUGACAGCCAGACACGCAGUGUGGCACCUCAGCACUGCGUCACUCGGGUGGAGCUGUCCGUCACGGCAUCCAACUUGCUGGACCGAGAUGUAGCCUCCAAGUCGGACCCGUUCUGUGUUCUCUUCCAUGAGGUGGAUGGAAACUGGGUGGAGCUCUGCCGCACUGAAACAGCUGUGAACAACUUGAACCCAGUGUUUGGAGAGAAGUUUCAGGUGGACUAUCACUUUGAGGAGAUCCAGAAGCUUCGCUUUGCCAUGUUUGAUGAAGACAAGUGUGCCACACAGCUCUAUGAACACGACUUCCUGGGAGAAUUCAUUUGUACACUGGGGGUGAUUGUGUCCAAUAAGAAACUUCACAGAUCGUUGAUCUUAGCCAAUGGGAAGCCAGCUGGCAAAGGCUCUAUUACGAUAACAGCUCUGGAGCUGUCUGACAACAGAAUCAUCACUCUGACCCUGAGUGGGCGUAAACUGGAUAAGAAGGACUUCUUUGGUAAGUCGGACCCCUACCUUGAGUUUCACAAACAGGGAGAAGAUGGCAAAUGGAUGCUGGUGCACAGGACAGAGGUCAUAAAGAACACUUUAGAUCCAGCAUGGAAAUCAUUUACUGUGCCACUCAUUUCUUUAUGCAACGGAGAUGUGGACAGGAACAUCAAGGUCCUGUGUUAUGACUAUGAUAAUGAUGGAGGCCACGACUUCAUAGGAGAGUUUCAAACCACAGCUUCCAAGAUGAGCGAAGCUCAGAACUCAGUGGAGGUUGAGUUUGACUGUAUCAACCCCAAGAAACAGAAGAAAAAGAAGAACUACAAAAACUCUGGAAUCAUCAUUGUCAAGUCAUGUAAGAUAACAAGAGACUACACCUUUCUGGAUUACAUACUGGGAGGCUGCCAGCUCAUGUUUACAGUUGGCAUAGACUUCACAGCAUCCAAUGGGAACCCUCGAGAGCCGUCCUCCCUCCACUAUAUCAAUCCAUUGGGAAGCAAUGAGUAUCUAGCUGCUAUUUUAGCUGUGGGCCAGAUCAUACAGGACUAUGAUACCGACAAAAUGUUUCCUGCCCUGGGAUUUGGAGCUCAACUCCCACCGGACUGGAAGGUGUCACACGAAUUUGCCAUCAACUUUAACCCCACCAACCCCUUCUGUUUUGGUGUUGAGGGUAUUGCCCAGGCGUACUCCACCUGCCUCCCUCACAUUCGUUUCUACGGCCCGACAAACUUUGCUCCAAUUAUCAAUCAUGUAGCACGUUUCGCCGCCCAGGCCCUUCAACAGGAGAAAGCAGCGCAGUACUUCACUCUCCUCAUUAUAACUGACGGGGUGAUCAGCGAUAUGGACGAGACCCGUGACGCCAUCGUGCAAGCGUCUAAACUACCCAUGUCUAUCAUCAUCAUCGGGGUGGGCAACGCUGACUUUGCUGCCAUGGAGUUCUUAGAUGGAGACGCCAGCGUUUUGAGGUCCAGCACAGGAGAGGAGGCUGUUCGGGACAUUGUGCAGUUUGUUCCUUUCAGAGAUUUCCGCAAUGCACCCAAGGAGACUCUGGCUAAGUCCGUCCUUGCCGAGCUGCCUCAGCAGGUCACCCAGUAUUUCAAGCAGCGGAAUCUACCUCCCAGAAACUCGGCAUCAGAGUGAGACAUGCAGAAGAAGACGGGCCACUCGCUGUGCUAUUGCUCAACUCAAAGUUUCUUCUUAUUGACAUAAAAGUGUACAAAUUAGCCGUGAACAACAAUAAGUUAUGAACAAAAAAAAACAAACACUAAAGACAUCCCUGUCAUUAUAUCUGCUAUGUUGUUACUGGUUUAAGAAUUUGUGAUCAAUAUCCAGAGUGAAUGCAGCAGAGGGCUUAUUGUGUUUCUUAAAUCUCCACAACACAGAUCUGUGAUGAUUAAGUGUUAAAGACAUCUCAUGUCUUCAGUGACGGGAGGUGUUUUCAGAUGUUAUAAUAUGCAUUUAAACAUUGGCCUUCUUUUACAGAAAUUAAAAAGGCUUCAAUGAGGAUGUACAUUUUUGCUUUUGCAUGUGUGUGUCGUGAUUGAUACCACGUGGUAUAAACAAGUCCUUGGUGUAAAGUCCCCUCUCUGAGCUGACCUAUUUCAGUGGUUGAACGCCCUUCUGUCGUCAUUCAGAUCCUUUCCAGGUAGCGGAUCAGAUUAUGGCUGUUUUGCUUUUGUGAUCUUGUGCGAUGAACUCACAGAUCGAGCCUCAACUGUACUGUGUUCUCACUCCUGCUCUAUUGUCUGGUGGGAAGUUUGAAUAUUUUAGUCUUAAAUACCAGUAGUCCAAGAGGGAGGUUUUAAUGCUCUGCUAUGCUUCUUUGAUUCAGGAGGGCAGAGUCAGAUGAGGAUGAGGCCGUAGUGGCAGCUGUAGCACUAACACAGGAUAUAUAUAUAUAUAUUGGAUACUGUGUGAACUCAUCUGGCUGUUAUAUGAGGGACCAUUUGCUAGACUUUGCCAGCAUUGAUAAUUAUUAACUUUGGUUCAUCCUGCAUGUUGCCAAUAUCUGCUCACUGUUUACAAACUGAUGCUGAUGAGCUCAAAGGCAUGAUCUUUUUUAUUAUGUAUUUAUCAGAUUUUGUAAAUAUUUUAAGGAGACUCUAUUGAAAGAGAGUGCAGUGUUACAUGGCACAGAAAGUGUCCAUGGAGGUUGUUAGUCUGGGAUUUAAAUAGUGGAUCUGGAACAGAAGUGUCUGAUAUGCAUAUAUAUCGAAUGUAUAUUUAUAUGAUGCUGUUUAUGUUCUGAAAGCCAACGUUUGGACAUGUUUUUAAUGUACUUUUUAUGCAGUGCUGAACUGUGUUCUUUGACUAUAACGUGUAUUACUGUGCAUCUUUGUACUAAAUGUGUUAUUGAUUUUAUAAAGUUGUGUCUAUGUCCACACUCAGGUUAAUAAACUGAACGAAAUGUCA